AUGACUAUAAAAUUAAUUCGUACGGAUACAAUAUCUCCUUGCAAAAUAAAUCUUCCUAAAGGUGAACAUGUUUUCGGUAGAGGGAAACUACUUGAACUACACUUAAAUCCUUGCUUUUUCCAAAAGAAGCAAUCCACAGAAACCGAGAUUCUCAAACUAAAUAACACCAUAAUUCUAAACCAUGGUGACAGAUUUGGCUUAUUACCUGAUUCAUAUUGGUUUGAAAUACUUGUGUGUCACGAUGAAAAUAAACACUGUACAGAAACUAACUCGGACAAUGACACUGAAGAGUUGUGCUUGGAACAAGGUAACUGUGAAGCAAGGAGUUUAAUAAAUAAUGUACAGCCUAAUGUAAAUUUGAAUGGUGCUGACGAUGGAGAUGCUAAUGUUAGACCUGAAUCACCAUCUCUAUUAGCUAGCAUAGACAAUGGAGUAAGUACACCUAACAAUGACUCAUCCAAAAAUGAGGAGAGUGUAUUAACAGAGCAGUCACAAAGAUUAGAAAACACAGAGUUGGUUACACAAUAUAAUACACAGAAAGCGGAAGAUUUUAAACAAUCACCCAGUAAAAGACCACACAGUCUGGAUAGUAGUGAAGCAAAGAAAAUUAAAACUGAAGAAAUUACUGAAAGUAAACCAAUUAUCAAAACUGAACAAACUGUAAAAGAUGAACCCUCAACUCCUGAAGAUAAUAAUUCAGAGGUCAAACCAGGCUGCAGUACAGAUAAAAAGCAACCAGCUCAGUGUGAUGUUAAACAAGAUCUAGUCAAACCUGCAAAGCCGAGGGAGAGAUGCAUGUUUGGUGCACAAUGUUAUAGACGGAAUCCAACCCAUUUAGAGCAGUACAGUCAUCCUCAGGAUGCCGACUGGGGCGUGGGUCCACGAGGAGUGUGUCCUUAUGGAGCGUCCUGCAGGAGACGAAAUCUGAUGCACUGGAGUACGAACGAUCACCCACCAGGUGUCCUACCACCUCCACGACCAGGGAAGCGCCAGGCAAGGUCGAAAACAUCUGCCAAUGAUGAUGUACCACAAGAUCUGCCCGCCAAAAGGGUUCGGAAACCGGUUCCUAGACCUGACUUGGUUGGUUCAGACUCCGAGCCCGAAGAUCCAUACGGAACAGAUGAAUCCGAUGAGUGGGAACCCGAUAGUAAUACAAAUUAUUCAGAUGAUUAUAUAUAA